CGAAAUUGAAUAUAUAGUGACCUACAUUCCUGGUGACGCGUAGUUUUUAGAUUACUGACGCGUCAUGUCAUCGUUUUUUGAUGUGAGCUCUAAAAGGAAAGACAAAAGAGAGGAGGAGGAAGGUUCUGGUGCAGUGUACUCCAAAUUGGAUAAGACUGUCGUAUUGCAAGAGGCCCGGUUAUUCAACCAAACGCCGUUAAACCCACGAAAAUGUGUACACAUUCUGACCAAGAUCUUAGUUAUUUUGGGUCAGAGCGAAAAACUAGGUAGAGUUGAGGCAACGGACACUUUCUUUGCAAUGACUAAACUAUUCCAAUCUAAUGAUCCAAAUCUUCGCCGUAUGUUGUACUUGGUAAUCAAAGAAUUGUCAACUGUGGCAGAUGAUGUGAUUAUCGUGACCAGCAGCUUGACGAAGGAUAUGACUGGUCCAGAGGCUGCAUUUCGUGCUCCAGCAAUUCGUGCCUUGUGCACCAUAACAGAUGCAGCAAUGGUUCAGAGUAUCGAGCGAUAUCUUAAACAAGCUGUAGUUGACAAAUCUGCAGCAAUAGCAUCGUCUGUACUGACGUCAGCUUAUAGACUGAUUGAUGUCUGUCCUGAUAUCAUAAAAAGAUGGGCAAAUGAAAUCCAGGAAGCUGCUUCAGGUUCUCGUGUAAUGGUACAGUACCAUGCUCUUGGUUUGUUAUACAUGAUACGUCGUUCCGAUCGUCUUGCUGUCACAAAAAUGAUUCAAAAGUUUACUCGGUCUACCUUACGGUCAGCAUACGCAUACUGUUUAAUGAUAAGAAUAGUAGCUAAACAGUUGGAUGAAGAAGGCUUGUCAAAUAAUCCUCAGUUGUUUGAAUUUUUGGAGUCUUCUCUUCGCCACAAAUCGGAGAUGGUCAUAUAUGAAGCGGCUCGUGCAAUUAUAAGUCUUCGAAAUCUAACAGCUAAAGAAUUAGCUCCUGCUGUGGGUGUUUUGCAACUCCUUUGUACAUCCUCCAAACCAGCGUUACGAUAUGCUGCUGUGCAUACAUUGAACGCCGUUGCCAGUAACCACCCAGCAGCGGUAACUGCUUGCAAUCUCGAUCUGGAACAGCUAAUUGGUGAUCCAAAUCGAAGUAUAGCAACUCUUGCUAUAACCACUUUGCUAAAGACUGGUAAUGAGUCAAAUGUUGAACGUCUUCUCAAACAUGUAUCUCCUUUCAUGAGUGAAAUAAGUGAUGAAUUUAAAAUUGUGGUUUUAGAUUCUAUUCGUUCACUAGCGACAAAGUACCCUAAAAAAUAUACUGUGUUGUUAAAUUUCCUAUCUGGACUCCUCCGUGAUUCAGCCGGUUACACGUUUAAAAAAGCAGUUGUAGUUGCUAUUGAGUCAAUCAUUAAGCAAAUUCCAGAGGCUAAAAGCAUAGGUCUGUUACAGUUGUGUGAAUUCAUUGAAGACUGUGAACAUAUUAAACUAACCCAACGUAUACUUCAUCUUUUGGGACGUGAAGGACCCUUUCUUAAACGACCACGUCAGUUCACUCGUUAUAUUUACAAUAGAGUUAUGCUUGAAUCAGCACCUAUUAAGUGUACAGCUACAACAGCACUUGCGAGGUUCGCUGCACACAAUGAUGAAUUGCUUCCUAGUAUUUUGGUGCUUCUUAAACGAAUUAUGAUUGAUGAAGAUGAUGAAGUUCGUGACCGUGCUGCCUUCUAUCAUUACAUUUUAUCAACUAACCAGUUAGCAUUGAAAUCUGCUUAUCUUUUGAGUGAAGAAAUGCAUUUGAGUCCAUCCGGUUUGGAGCGUGCCCUAUUGGAUUAUAUGCAUGACUCUCAAGCAGUUGCCAAUAGUCGUUUUUCAUUGGCUACAGUUCCGAUUGCUGCUGUCGUUCAGCCUACUGUAGAUUUGCGUAACUCUGGUCUGGAAUCGGAAGGUGCAAAGAUCAAAGCGAAACCUAUCGUGAAAAGUCGUGAUGACCGCAAUGCAUCUAACAUUCCUCAAGUACAGGGAAAGCUUAUUCAAGACUCCUAUGCUGAACAGUUGGCUGCUGUCCCUGAAUUUUCUGGCCUUGGUCCUAUAUUUAAAUCCUCUGCUCCAAUUGAACUAACUGAGUCAGACACCGAAUAUGUAGUGACAUGUAUAAAACAUUUAUUCUCAAAGCAUUUGAUCCUGCAGUUCGAUUGCACUAAUACGAUGACAGAUCAGAUCCUAGAAGAUGUUUACGUGUCUUGUGAACCGGAUGAUUCAACCUUCAAUAUCAUAUGCACAGUACCGUGUAAAACCUUGAAAUAUAAUUCUCCUGGUGUAACUUAUAUCUUGGUUGAACUCCCGGAAAGCCUUGAAUGUCAUUCUGCAACAUUUAUGAACACAUUGAAGUUCAGUAUUAAAGAUGUUGACUCUGAUCCUUCGGAUCCUGGGUUGUCAGAUGAAUAUCAAGUAAGUUGUUCGACCCCUCUUUUUUGUAUUUGGCUUUAAACAGAAACUGAAUUUACUUCCUAGGCUUUAAGGAAAGUUUUAUUUUAUUUACCUGUCUUUUCUUUCUAAGUGACCACUUAUUUAUUAUUGUGUGAAAAUUAUGCGCUUUUCGUUAAUUGGUCAGUGUGUAAACUCUCUAAGAGAUGCAAAGACAGCAUGUGCAAGCAGCUAUAACUAGCCAGCGUUUCGAGAUGAAAUCAUUGAGUACAUCAGCAUUUAAAUACGUGAACUUUUCGAAGUUUUCUAGCAUCUAUGCACCGAAGGGGAGUUGUAGCAUAGACUUUUACCAAUCUUGUAAUAACAUUUUGCACUUUGAAAGUGCAUAGCACACCAUAAUGGUGAAUACUGAUUGCCAUUUAUAUAAUGCGAUUUGAUUAGAGUAUGUGUUACCCUCCAGCGUCGAAAAAUUCUUUUUCCUGGUAGAUCCACACUACCUUCUUCAGAAGCAGUCUGGAGAGUGUUUCGAUAGCAAGGUUAAGAAAGAAUGGCAACAUCAGACGACUCUACUACAACCCACUUCUGGUUCCCACGGGUUGGAAAAGUUGGUUGUGUGUUGUCAUUCAGUUUAGAGUGCUCGUGUAGUAUUCAGUAUAUUGAUAAGCUUCUCAGGGACACUGUUCAAUGACACAAUAGCGAAGCAGAUUUUAGACAUUUUUAAUGUUGAGAAAUACAGCAGUCAUUGACUAGCAAUUGGUGUGAUUAUGUUAAAACAUCUGGUUGGGAUGAACAUGUGAUCAACUCUCCCUAUCGUUUUACGUAGUCAGCGAUGCAUAGUGAAAAUUGAUGUUUCCAACGUGAUAGGGGAUUUUCUAGUUUCUUCGUUUCAUUGAUACUGGGCGAUGAUUGAAGAUGAAAUAAAAAUCUGGGCCACGGCAGGAUUCAAACCUUUGGCUUCCGGUUACUGCCCAAAUAUUCUACCAACUGAGAUACGAGACCCAACUGCUCAGUUGGGACCUGGUUGGUAACCCGGAGAUCGCUGGUUUGAAUACUGCUGCGACCCAGAUUUUCAUUUCACUCUCACCACUCAGUAUUAGCAGUACGAGUCUGCCAAGCCACAGUUAUCUCCGAUAGUCAGACUGGUAAUUUCUUUGUGACCGUAUAGACUUCAUUCUAAGUGAACAAUAGGCUUCUUGCUGACAGUGUUUCAUAUGAGCUGGGACAACUUUUACCUGUGUCGCGAUGCAGUUGACGCUUUUUUCUUAUGUUGUGACCACCGAACCUUUCAUUUACUGCGUAAGCAUAGUAUGAGCUUUCUACUGGCUAGAAUUGGCUGGCAGGUUCAAAGUUUCAGAAAGAGUUCGUGGGAAAACCUAUUUCUAUUCGCGAAAUUUUUUAUGAAACUAGCUAACGGCUCAUAUAUCGCCAUUUUCACGGUGUUUUGUAAUUACAACGAUGCUUGUCUAUACAUUCCAUAGGAUGGGCAGGUGUUCAUAGUUGCAAUAUCAGCUACCUGCCCACUAGAUUAGCCUAAUAAUUUUGUUAAGCAGUGAAACGCUAAUUGAAAAUCUGUAAAAAGCUUCAGAAGAUAAUCCCUAAAGUGAAAUUUAGAAUAAGAAAUAAUUCGAGUGUAAUACAGCCCGCAAACAAAUAAUUACAACAAUAAGUGUGAUUUCAUAUCAAAUAAAUUAAUUUUCUAUGUAGUUAUACUCUAUCGUAGUACCAGAGUUAUAGUCUCUCUCUAAUUUGUAAAAUAUCUGUUGAUGUAAAAUGUUUGAAUUAUUGCAAGUGUGAUUGUUAACCAGCUAGUUUAGAAUGUGCUUUGAAUUCUCCACUGCAAUUUGUUAUAAAUUUUAUAAGUGCUGAUACACUACUUUGUUGUCCAGGCUAUAGCAGGUGCUUGUCUUAAAGAACCACUUCCCAACCCUAAUUCACAAGACAGUGAAGAACUUUUAGGAGCUGAACUCCCAUGGUUACCUUUGACCAAGGUUGGUUCCUACGCCUUUCUUUUCUUACACCUGGAUCCUGUGUACAUCAUUAAUCUAAGACAGGGUUUCCCAACCCUCUUAGUUAAGACUCCCAUAUACGAAAACCUAGUGAUAACUACCGAACAGCAGCUUUCACACUUAUAGAAACAUAACAACCAUAUGAAUUUAAAUAAGUACUUCUUUGGGAGAUGCGAUGAACGUAUAUCUAUGUGACAAUAUUUCAAGAAGACCGGGUUUUGUCCACUCUUAGAAAAAUUAUCUUCACGUGAAAAACAUCCACUAACUUAUUGCUACGGUAGGUUAGUAAGGCGGAAAAAACUGAAUCGGAUUGUGCUGGUAGCACUGAAUAUUGUACAUCAAUUUCACCUUUCUCCUCGUAUUCCGUUCACUACAGUAAUGUACCUUUUGAACAUUUCAUUUGUUUAAAGUUUUGUAAUUCCCAGCUCUAAACACAAUUUACAAAUAAAACUAUUAUUAUAGCUGGAAGACCUAGUCCUUGGAAUUUCAGACCAUGUACAACGUGUCUCCAAGCAGAACUUUACUAUGGCUUGGCAAGAACUCAGUCCCGAGACUGAAGUGGAAGAAACAUAUAUGUUAGUGAAGCAUAAGACCAUUAAAGGUAUGAUUGACAUUUUUGAUUACGUGCUAUUAGUAUGUUAUUUGCCUAAGCAACUAUUGAAUAUCAUUGUUCUAUUGUGUGUGGGUAAGAAAAAUGCGUUACUGAGUAUUUAACCGACACAUGAGGGUAAUAUAGUUCAGCGAUACAGUUUAGUCUACAACAUGUUGCUAUAGUGAAAGUAGUUAUUUUCAAAGAAUCUAAGAUAUCGCUGGUUUAAUGAUGUUAAUUGAAUGUCUUUGCGAUCAUUGGUGAAUUUCUCGGCGAGAGGAGUACAUCCUGUGACAAAAUGGUCCGUGUUUGCCUGCAUGAAACACUUUAAAACUAUAUUUAGCAGACUGUUAAAUAGUGUUUAAGACGAGAUGUUUGUUUUACUCAGUGAACUGACAAAACAUAGGCAGAGAAUUCGCUUUGGGUACCACUACUCUGUAAGCUACAAAAGUUGGUACAGUUAUUAUAUACUUCCCAAUGUAUUAAUUAGUGAACAUAAUUUAAGUUUAUAUUCUUACUUUGGUUUAUAUCAUUAAAUCCCGAAUAUGCUUGUUUCAUAUGUCCAGAAACGAUGAAGCAAAUUAUCGAACACCUUGGACUUCAGCCUUGUGAUCAAACUGACCAUAUGCCUCAAGAAGGAAAGUCAUCACAUCAACUACUUUUAUCUGGUGUAUUUCGUGGUGGAUUUGAAGUUUUGGCACUAUGUAAACUAGCCAAAGUAUUGUCUGACGCAUCUUUGCAUUCAAAUGAACAAGGUAUAACCUUCCAAAUUACUGUACGUUCAUCUGAUCCUACUGUCAGUCGAAUAAUAGCAGAUGCUAUAGGUUGACAAUGGUUUUCUAAAAUACUUGCUCUAUUAUUUACUUGACUUCAAUCCUACUUAUGUAUCGUAUGAAUUUUUGGUUUCUUACAUUGGACUACUGGUAAUCACGUUGUUUACACCACCUUAACUGUGAUCUAAUUCUUGUUAAUAAAUAUGGACAAAGUGUUCUUAUUCUCAAGUCUGUGUACUUUUUCACAACCAAUCAUUGAAACAAUUAGCAAUGUUUAUUUAAAUGAGCUUUUUGAAUAUGCUUUAUACAAAAUGAAAUCGUAUUUAUCUUUUAAGCUCUGAAAUAUGUUCACAUUGUUGUUUCACAUUGUUUACAAGUAAAGCCAAAGUGGUUGGGUUCACACCAUUCUCAAUAAGCUUGAUGCACAUCAAUAAUUCUUCAUUAUCCAAACCUAGAAUGGAGAUUAAAUUUUCUGUAUGGAUUAUAAGCAAAAUCAGUUUAUGUAAAGGUGGUUUUUUACGAAAAAAAAUAUGGUCAAUAAUUAUGGU